AUGAUAGACAAAACAGAAGACAAAGUAGACAAACUAUAUCCUUACCAAGAAAACGUAGUCGAUAAAAUAGAGGAAAAAUUCAACCAAUAUUUAGAAAAGAUUUUCAAGCAAGAAAUUACUGUUGAAAUCCCUUUUGUUUGCUUUUUAAAGUCAAUUACGGGGAGUGGUAAGACUGCCAUGUUAACUGCUACUGCUAACCGACUACUUAAACAAAAUGAGAAAAUAGCAGUUUAUCCUCUUUCUCAAUUACGUUCUACUUUACCUACUACUGCUGGUCAUAUUAUUUAUUUAGCUACUACUAGCACUUUCAAUAUUAAUGUUAAGAAUAAAGAAGACUAUCGAUUAAUCUAUGAUAAGGGAGAAGAUGAAGGGGGAAUUUCGGGUCAUCAUUUUACUUCUCAGCAAGUAGACAUGUUAUUAGAAUUAGAACCAGAAGGGAUAAUCUUAGCCUCGGGAACCCUAACUUAUGCAGGAAGAUUAGGAGGUUUAAUUGAGCAGGCUCAAAUAAAAAUGGAAGACUUAGUAGUAUCGGUUCCUACUUCUGAUGUGGUUGGUGAAGGGCUAAUUAAAACUAAACUGCGGUCUAUUGGUUACGAUGAAGCAUCAAUGGGAGAAAUAAUUAAUAGUUUAAUAGAAGACUUAAAUAAACUGAAUAAAUUAGCCAAGAAGAAAAGCUUAUCAAACUUAAAAGCCAUUUAUGUCUUAGAUAAAUGUAAAAUAGACCCUCGUAAAAUUGCGGUUUGUGCUAGGGUAGAUUUUAAUAAGGAUAAUCCUCCCGACAAACGAUUUAACCUUUUUGAUAGUAGCACCAAAAACAGUGAUUAUCAAACUUUCUUAAAAGCCGAACAAUUAAUUGGAAGAGUAUUAAGAAUGCCAGAGCGACACCAUUAUGAGCAAGAUUUUGAAGACCUCAACACCGCUUACUUUCAUAUUAAAGAAAAUAGUAACAAAGAAUUUAAGGAAAUAGUAAAAAAAAUUAGUAAAGAGUUAGAAAAUACUGUUCCUGAGAUUAAAAAUGAAGUGGUUUUAGCUUCGGAUAAAGACAAACUAACCCUUUGCCCUGCCAGAAAAACUAGAUACUUUCCUAAGAUAGGAACCAUCAAUGAAGAUGAAGCCAAAUUAAAUAUUCAAUACAUUUUAGAAAACAAAGUUAAAGACUACUCCAAAGUUCCUCCUUCUUUUGUUGAACCAUACGGAGGAAGGACUAUUGCUGAGUAUAAAAUAGGGAAAUCAUCUCCUGCUAAUAUUAAAUGGGAAAAGUUCGCUAGUUAUAACAAAGUAAGUGCUAAAAAUGUCUUACGAAGGAAUAUUAUUAAAAUUAAUCCUCGAGCCUUAGAUUUAACCAACUUUAAUCGCAAAGAAUAUAGAGAAAAGUUGAAAUUCCCAAUUGGAGUCAAUUCAGAUGCUGAUAAUGAAUUAAAAAUCAUUGCUCAGGAAAUUGUUAAUACUUUUAUGAACACUAUUAAACUAAUUACUGCUUAUGAUGACUGCAAACCAAUUCCUAGUAUCAGUAUAAAUAAGAAAAGGGAUAUUUAUGAAUUUGAGAAUAGCGUUCAUGAAAAAUAUAUAGUGGCUAUUGAAACCACAGGUAAGAGUUUAUUACAAGACAAAAUUGAUAGAAAGUUGUUUAAAAUUGAAAGUUUUGAUAGAGAAAAAGCUAAGGCAAAGUCAGCAGUAAUUCCACCCAGCAAGGUUGUAGUGGGCGUAAUAACUACAACUAACCAACAAGGAAAAUAUCAAGUUUACCAAGCGAAUGAGAAUAAUAAACCAGUUCCAGUUAGUGAAGCAAUGGAUAUGGAAGGAUGUGUCAAAUUAAUAUUAGAAACAAAAAAACCAACUUCACCACUUAAUUCCCCCAAGGAAGUUCAAUGCUUUCAGUGCCAGAAAACUUUCCCUCUUGUCUUUGUAGUUCCUAAGUGGGAUUACAGUUUCAAAAAUAACUGGGAUUACUGGACCGAAAAAGAAGAAGAUGGAGGGAAAUUUAUCUGCUAUGCUUGGAAUAAGAUAGCAACUUUUUAUAAUGUAAGUGAACGAACUCUUUAUCGCAAGAUUAAUCAUACUGGAAAAACUAAACAAGCAACUGGUCGAAAAGGAAAAAUUACUCAGAAUAUUUUACCACUUUUAAGAACUUACAUUGAGCAAAACAAUACUGCUACUCAGCAAGACAUGAUUAACUUUUUGACUCAGCAAAUGGGUUUAACUUUGCAUCAGUCUAAUAUGUCUCGAUUACUGAAAAGAGAAGGUAUAACUAGAAAGAAACUUACUUAUCAUUAUACUCAAUUAGAUGAAGAAAAAGCCAAGGCAUUCAAUGAAGAGAUUAAACUUCUGUUACCACACUUUCCUUUUAUUGCUUUGGAUGAAUGCUCUUUCUAUCCCAAAUUGAAUCCAAGAUUUGGAUAUUCUAUAACAAGUAAAAGAGCGGUUUCAAAAAGACCUGGUCACAAGGGUAAACAUUACACUCUUUUAUUUGCUAUCAGUAACUUAAAGGAAAAUGGAGUAGAGAUUAGUGCUAUUGGUGAUAAGAAAAAUAUUUUGCUAAUGGAUAAUGCUCGGAUCCAUCAUGCCCCACGAAAGAGAGAAGAAGCAAAAUUACUAAGCACCAAGGAACAGAUGCUAAAAAGAAUAUCGAAGCAACAAACCGAGAAACAACGACCUAGAAAUUACGAGGAAAUGAAAAAGGCGAUUGAAAAAAUUAAUGCUUAUAAAGCAACUGUAUUACCAGAUAUAUGUGAUAUUUAUUUAGAAGCAAGAAAGCACAUAGAGUUAGACAAAAGGCAAAAAAUAGUUGCUGACCAGUGUGAAAUAUUAGUUAGAGCAUUUGCCAGAGUUGGGAUUAUUGCCUUAAUUGAUGAAGCUACGGGAUACCAAUAUGAAAGGGAAAACUUUGAAUUACAGAAAAUAUUAAAAGCCUUUAUCUCCGAAGAAAUAUUUAGACUUUGGAAUUUACCUUUUACUGUUGAUAAUAUAAAAAGACCAGGAUUUAUUGGUAAAUUGACUAAUGAGUUGGUUUAUAAAAACUUGCCGAAAGGCACAGUUGUCUUAGAAAAAAUAAAAGAAAAAACACCAAAGACCAAAGGAGGUCAUUACAGAUACAGAUUUCAUCAAAGACUAACUCCGGAGAUAGGUAGAGAAGCCUUAAAAAAAGUGAUUAACUCAGUGGAAACAUUAGCUUCUAUCUCCAAAGAUAAGGAUGAGUUUUUAGAAUUAAUGAAAAGAAAGUAUCAACCAGAAGAAGAAAAAUUUCUCACUGAGAACAAGGAUUUUGACCAAAUGUUAAAAACUGCCAUAAAUACUCCUCCUCUAAAACUAAAAGACCUUAAAAAGAAACUCAAAAAAAAUAGAGAGGGAAAGACUUAA